AUGGCCCGAACUCCCAACAGAUCUGAACAUUCGGAGAGGGAUGAACCGACGUCUGUGGACGAGAGAAGCACCAGAACACCCGAGGGCAGUGUGACAAGCGUUGAAAGCAAUAAGGCUGAGCCUAGCCCCGACAUACAACUGUCAUUCGUUAGCGCAGAGCGCAUCAUACAGACACCACCAGUUAAACAGCGUAAACGUCUGAGAUUAGCUUUCACUCCGACAGAGGACGAACUUCUAUAUAACUAUGUGUUGAGGAAGUACGAAGAGAAUUACAGUAUCAAAGGCAUGGUGAUAUACAAAGCGCUUGCUCUUGAACAUCCACGUCACACUGCACAUGCGUGGCGAGACAGAGCUAUUAACCGUAUUGCUCCAUUGCUUGUGACCGAAUCUCCACGUGAACGAGAUCGUACCAGGAAAGCUAGCAGAUCCAAAUUCACCGCCGAGGAUGACCAGUUUCUUUGUGAUUGGGUCAUUGAGAAACAACAAGAACGGGAAUCCAUAUCCGGAAAUGCUAUCUAUCGAGACUUGGCGCACGAACAUUCCCACCAUACGUUCCAUUCAUGGCGGGAUCGGGUAUUGAGAGUUAUCAUUCCUCAGUUGAAGAAAAAUGGCCAAUGGCCUGAGGAGAAUACAGUGACUGUGGAGAAUGAAAUGACAAUGAGGCAAAGAAGAUAUGAAGAGAACAGAGAGAAUGACAGUUGUAAUAAUGAUAGUGGUAGCAGUGAUGACAUCGCGGAGAGAGUUAAGAGAAGAAGAGGGAAAAUGAAGGAAGUCGAAAAUCAUAAUAGGGAUAGGCAUAAAGCUGAAAGCGAAACUGAGGAGGAAUGUGAGCAUGAAACAUGUGCGCAAAAACGUGUGAAAUCAAGUACGAGUCGCAGAGUAACAGCGAAGAUUAGCAAUUAA